ACGCCAGCGACGACAUUGACUUGCAAUUUGUAAUUCGAGACGAAAUUAUAUGAAACGAGGCUGAAGAGGGAAUUGGAGAAGGUAUUAAUCAGAGUCUUGGCCAUUGUACUGCAAACAGUAUACCUCCCCGACAUCGCCAAUCUAUCUGCGGCGCAUACAGACGAGAACCCUCCCAUACCGCCAACAUGGUUACCACAAGAAAUGCAAAGAGGAAUUCAGAGGAGGUCGAGGAGAUCGAUACGGCGUUAGAUUCGUCCCCCGUUACAUCAAACAAGAGGAUGAAGAAGCUGCCAGUACGCCAAAAGGAUGACGAUGAAGAGGCUGCUGAGAGCACCCCAUCCAAAGCCGCCAAGGGCAACAUGGUUGUUUUCGGUGACGAUGACGACAUGAACGUACCAGCUCCUACAAUUACGAAAAAGAUUGCUCCUGUACCAGAAGAAGACGAAGAGGAAGACGACAGCGACGAAGCUCCCGAAGCAGUCUCUACAUCACAGGCGGCCAAGGUCGUGAAGCAAUCAACCGCGGCUUCGCAAAAGGUAGCUCAAGAAAAAGCAGCGAGCCAGAAGCGUAAGCGACAAGAGCGUGAUGCUCUGCUAAAGCAGCAAGCCGAAGAGCGUAAGAAGCACGCACCAGAGCCUGCUAGCAAAGACGAGGCCGAGGAUGAAGAAGAAGAUGAGGAAGAAAAGCCUUCGACAACACUCGUUACGAAACCGCGCGGGCAAAAAACACUCUUCCCUACAGUCUUGCCCGAUGAGUUCCUCACCGACUCCGACAGCGACGUCGACGAUGCCAGCGGCGCCGCGCACGACCGCGAACGGGGCCCUGUGAAACGCAGAAAGGUCCCUGGAAUCGAGAACAGACUCUCCAAACGGGAUAAAGGUCCUCGUGACGUGACGGUUGGCUCCACGGUCUACAGAGUGGCCAAGAAAGUUGACCAGAGACUCGCGCCUAAAGCGAACAGGCAAGGCAUGGGAGCAAAGGAGGCGUUGCUGCGCAGAGGCAGGGCACCGGUGCCGAUGCGCGGCGGCGGGUUUCUCAAGAGGAGGUGAAGCAACAAACAAAGCAAACUGCUACGUCAACGCGGGGACUCGGCUUACACGGGCAGGUGAGAGGGGAAGUCCGUAGCCUAGCCCAUGUCCAGGCACGGCGGCUCACAUUCUUUGGCGAGAAAAAGGCGAAAAAGGCGUUCUUGUUUUUUUUGGCAUCUGUUAUUGUAAUUAGCAUAUUAUCUCUCGGUAAUUAACUAAGGGGACUUCUCAUCUCCCCGCAAAGCAAUAGCGUUAAAUCCGUUCUGGUGUAAUAACAGC